AUGACAUCCCGGAGACCAUCGCAUUCCCUCCGUUUUAUAAUCGUGGGAGGCAGCAUAGCUGGCCUCUCCUGCGCAUAUGCUCUUAGAGAAGUUGGUCAUCAGGUCCUCGUCCUCGAGCAGUCUGAUGGCACAUAUAGAAGUCAUGGUGGUAUACGUUCACCACCAAAUAUGACACGUCUCCUCAACUAUUGGGGUCUAGGUCCCGCAUUGGCAAAAGUGUCAAUGAAGGGUUCACAAUUCACAUUCAAGGAUGGGGAAUCGGGGGACACAAUGGGCUUGCUCAUUCUUCACGAAAAACUUAUGAAGGCUCUCCAAGCCGAAUUUCUCUUUAUCCAGCAUGGCGACCUCCACACCCUGUUCUACGACCUCGCAGUCAAGAACGGCGUUCUCUUCCGCUAUGAAUCAAAGGUGACCACCAUCGACCCAUGGGCUGGCACUGUCACACUGCAGACGGGCGCAAAGUUCUCUGCGGAUGUGAUCGUCGGUGCAGACGGGUAUAAGAGCGUCGUGCGCCCUAUCGUGGUGGGCCCGCAGGCUUUGCGGGGAAUCAAGGAUAGAAGGGUCUCCGUAAAUCUCACGAUACCGACGGAGUUGAUGCGGCAAGACGAGGAUCUCGCACCGUUGGCAGAGUCUUCAGAGUGGACACUUUGGGUGGGCGAUAACUGCUGUAUACAUGCGCUCCUUGUCUCCUCAAAACGCGAAUACGGCAUGGUAAUACAUUUGCCAUUCCCACUAGAAGGCGUGGACGAGCACUGGAACGAGCAUAUUUCCAUAGACGAUCUGGCCCAGCGGUUCGAAAAUUACGAGCCGAGAAUCCGCAAAUUGCUAAAACUUUGCUCGACGAUAACGCCGACGUUGCAUGUCAUCCACGAGCCGUUCGACAACUGGGUGCACGAGAGCGGGAAGGUCGUCCUCGUCGGAGAGGCUGCUCAUCCACUCAUGCCCAAUGGCUCACAUAACGCCGCUCUAGCCGUCGAAGACGCCAUGACGCUCUCCACACUCUUCGCCCUCCCCCUCACACCCGCCCAAACCCCCCUCCUCCUCUCCGCAUACGAAGAGCUGCGCCAAGCACGCUGCGCCGCUACGCAAGCCUCCGAGCGCCAAAAGCGCGACUUCGUCUGCCUCCCUCACGGCCCCGAGCAGCGCGCGCGGGACGAGGGUUUCAGACAGGCGCGCAAGCGCGCGUUGUUAGACUGGGACGAAGCCGACGAGGACUUUUUGAGGGAGACCUGGGAGGAGUAUAUCGAGCUGUUUGGAUUCGACGCGAGGGAGGCUGUGGAGGAUUGGUGGACCAAGUGGGGGGGCGCGAUGAUGAGGAAGGGGGAUAUUGGCGGAGGGCAUGGGGAGGUGGAGAUGGGCGCGGGCGGAGUGGGUGGUGGGGAGAGGAGGGUGCAGGCGCCGACGUAUGAGGUUAGUGUCAUGCGGGAUGGGGUGAUGGUAUGACCGGGAGGAAUGGGGGAGGCGGCGCGUAUGACCCCCCCACAGGUGUGAUUAUACGGAGGGGAGGAUUUAUAUACAGGGGGAGAUGAUUUACCUCGGUUGCGUGCUCUAUGGAUGUAGGAUGAAUCGGCGGUGACGGCGGUAGAUUGAUGCCAUUUGGACAUUCCUCGUUUAAUGACUUUUGGCAUUGUGACGACGUGACAUGAGCCCCUCCUGCAUGUAGGAUAGACUUUGGGUUUCAUACGUGGAUUCCUAACGUCGCACGCAAACUGGCAAUCCACAUGUACACAAUUUUUAUAUCUCUGUUUUUCUACUCCCCGUCUCAGCUUCUUAUCCGUUUGUUUUUUUAGUAGUACAUCGCGAUGAAUAAUAAU